AUGGAAACAUUCAACCACAUAAACCUCCGCAUCAGGAAGGUCAAAAACGAGGAUCUUCUGAAAGCCAUACGAGGCGAAAAGAUCCCCCGAGCCCUCGCAGACAAGCACACAAGACAAUGCGUCAUUCGUGGUAUUCGAUACCACUAUGGCUUUGGGACCGAGCUCCGUGGCCUUCUUCCCGAGUUCAAUCGCGCCCUCAAUGCACGAUGUAUCAUGAGCAAUGAGAUCCCUGAUAUGAACCCAGAUUUCCCCGAGGACUUUCCUUACUGCAUCUGGCACCCCGAGACCGCGUCAGAGGCAACCUAUCGUGAGCUGGCACAGCGGUAUCCUCAUAUGAAAUACUUAGUUGGUCGUGCAUGUGCUGUUGCGGGUUACGCAGAUCUCUUCCUUGAGCUGGACCUGCUACCCGAAUGUCACAUUGCUGAAGAGGCACGCGAGAGUGGCAGCCUUCAGAUAUAUGAUGCGAUCAUGAAAUCAGCUGUCAAGUACAACGCCAUGAACGAUUAUACUUUGGAGAUCUUUGCUCCCGUUCCUGGAAAUUUGAACGGUGAUACUUGUAUUCGGGCAUGGCUCGAUAUCCGAUAUGGGAUUGCCAAAGGUCCGACGACAAACUACCUUGGUAUCCAUUGGGCGAUGGACGAGCGUGAUUGCUGUAUCACGGAGGAUAGACGCCUGAACGAGUAUGACACACAUCCCGGUUUCCUUGACACACCUUUCGAGAUCAAUGGAGAGGAGGUCUUGUCACUGCUUUACAAUCCGCUCCCAAACGAUCUCCCAACUCUCCAUAAGGAUCUCUUGAUUCUAGUUGCGGCGUUCUAUGGCGAUAUCGACCGAUAUGUCCGGCUUCGGAGACCGUGCAUAGUUUCAACAGAGUACGUACGCUUGGUGCGAGGCAUCUAUAACAACACCAUGUUUGCGAAAUGGUUGCCACUGCAAACGGAUAAAAGGUACAAUAGCUCUCUUCUGAAAGCUGCCAUCACCGCGCGGUUCAUCAUGAACGGUGACCUGUCGCGCAUUACCCCGGAAACACCCAUCGAUGAGCUACCAUACUGUAUUUGGUAUCCAACUAUCCCACGAGAGUCUGUGCUCAAGGAACUACACCGUCGUCGGCCGGACAUGAGACCUGCUAUAGCCAGAGCCUGCAUUCUUGCCAACUACAAAGAUACAUACGAUCUUCUUGAUGUAGACCCGGAUACCAUUAUCAUGCAAGAUGCUCGUGACAGUCCAAAUCCCCAUUAUUUACAGGACAUGGAAGCUAAGAUCCCCCAGCGGGGUUGCAAGUCUCGCAAAGACGAUGUACCACGGAGAUUUGAGAUGUUCGAACAUCCGGCAGACUCGCUAUCAUGUAAAUUUGGAGAUGAAUGUGUACAGAGUGACGAGGAUGGAAUAGUUUACAAUGGAGUGGUUGCGAAUUUUGGCAGGCUUCAACUGGGACUCUCAGUUCCCGACACAUUCACGGAAAUGAGAUCAACGUGGACAGGUACUACGAAUCCUUUGCCGGGUGAGGCACAGCCCCUCAAAUCUACCUUCAUGCGACUUGGGGAGAGAAGCCUGUGGGCAGCAAUACUGUGUACAUUUCAUUAUGCCGAAUGA